AUGGCUCAAAAUAAUACCCCUCCGCUCCCGGAGGGUAUUUUCUCGUUGCUUGAUACGGACCUGUAUAAAUUGACGAUGCAAUGCGCCGUCCUCAAGUACUUCCCAGAUGUUUAUGUCACAUAUGGUUUCACAAAUCGCACCCCGGAUAUGAAGUUAACGCGGGGUGCUUACAAAUGGCUUUUGGCACAGUUGGAUGCGCUUGCAAAUAUCCGAGUCACGAAUGAAGAGAUCGAGUUCCUCAAGAAAUGGUGCCCGUACUUCAAUCACGCUUACCUGGACUACCUGACCAACCUCAAGCUCAAGCCGUCAGAACAGAUCGAGGUUCACUUCACUCCGGAGCAGGAUACUGGCAGCGAAGAUGAUCUCGGCAACGUCAACUACGUCAUCAAGGGUCUGUGGGUGGAAACGAUCUUGUACGAGAUCCCGCUGUUGGCUCUGACAAGUCAGGCCUACUUCAUGUUCACCGAUAAGGACUGGGACUACAGCUGUCAGGAGGACAAGGCAUUCCGGAAAGGAUGUGCCUUGUUGGAGAAUGGUUGCAUAUUCUCGGAAUUUGGCUCUCGAAGACGGCGCGAUUACCACACCCACGAUCUGGUCAUGCAGGGAUUAAUGCAGGCCGCGGAAGAAGGAAAGAAGCAAGGAUGGAAGGGAGUGUUUACCGGCACAAGUAACGUCCACUUUGCCAUGAAGUAUGGAGUGGCGCCUGUGGGCACUGUAGCCCAUGAGUGGUACAUGACUAUUGCUGCCAUCACGGACGACUACGAGAACGCGAACGAGAUGGCCCUGCGCUACUGGCUUGGCUGCUUUGGUGAAGGAGUCCUGGGUGUUGCACUAACUGACACGUUUGGCACGCCUGCUUUCCUCGACGCGUUCCGCAAACCCAUUCCUGCUUUCACCAGUGCAGGUGUUGGCGCAGUCUCUACCACCGCCUCCGGACCCGGCACCACGACAGAAUCAGCAGUACAGAGCGAGGCUACUACCAAACCCCCAAUCGCGGCUCCUUUAGUCAACGAUGCUCAAGGCGAGCACGCCAACAAGACCUACGCCCAGGUCUACACCGGUGUCCGCCAGGAUUCUGGCGACCCCACGUACUUUGUGAAGAUGGUGCGGGACUUCUACGACAGAGAGGGAGUCAAGGAUCCGAAGACUAUUGUCUUCUCCGACUCGUUAGACAUCGAGCACUGUCUUGAAUACAAGGUGAUUGCCGAGGAAGCCGGCUUCAAACCUGUCUUCGGUGUCGGAACUUUCUUCACUAACGACUUCACGAACAAAUCCGACGGCGCGAAAUCCAAGCCGCUCAACAUCGUCAUCAAGAUUGCCACCGCUAACGGCCGCCCAGCCGUCAAGCUCAGCGACAACAUGGGCAAGAACACCGGUGACAAGGAGACCGUACAAAGUGUCAAAAAGAAGCUUGGCUACGUCGAGCAUCAAUGGGAAGAGGGCGAUGAGAGCAACCGCUGGGCUCGCAAGUAG